GGUGUGAUGGUUGGUUCCGCCAACCAAGUUUUACGUUCUUCGGUUUCACGCUCGGUCAAAGGCUCCCUUGAACAUUGACAGCUCGUCUAACGUUAAGAACGUAUCGUCAAUUAUGCGUAAACAGUGACCGACCCAAGAAGGAAAACAGCCCCGAGGAACCACGUGGGCUCCUUAGAGGAGGAAAGUGAACCAGCAGUCGGGACUCGGACGCUAGACAUGCGUCUUCGGACGUGAAUUCCCGGUUCGAACGAAUACCACCGCCGUUAUCCCCUCCCCCUUUGUGAACGGAGAAUCCCUAGUGGAGAGAAAACCGUAGUCGCGCGUGUGAUUCCCGAUAAAACGAAGAUGACCACGUCGCCGCACUGUUCCCCGUCCCGGUCGUCGCUCAGCUGCUGUCAGAUCGAUCACAGCAGCCACGAUGACGUCCACGGUGUCGCGAUCGCCGGUAAUCAGAAAUACUUCUUCCAAGAGAAACACUCGUUCCCGAAACGACCGGAGGUGGACCUUGCUUUCUCCGACGUACGGUACACGGUCUCCGAAUGGAACAUCCGGAACAUCAGACCGAAAUACAAAGAGAUCCUCCAUGGCGUCAGCGGGGAAUUUAAAGCCGGCGAGCUGAUCGCCAUUAUGGGCCCCUCGGGCGCUGGGAAGUCGACUUUGUUGAACGUUUUGGCCGGUUACACAGUGAAGGGUGUCCAGGGGACGAUUCUGGUGAACGGAAAGGUCCGGGUACCGUAUAGCGAAAGAUGGAAGAGAACUUCGUGCUAUAUACAGCAGGAUGCGCUGAUGAGAACAAGAAUCACCGUUGGCGAAGCGAUGACAGUAGCCGCGCACUUGAAGCUCGGCUACACGAUCAGUUCGGCCUACAAGCACACACAAGUUCUGGAACUACUCGAGCUGCUCGGCUUGAGUCACUGCUACGACACUCUAUGCGGUAAACUGUCAGGCGGGCAAAAGAAGAGGCUCGACGUCGCCCUGGAACUUUUGAGCAAUCCUUCAGUAUUAUUCCUCGACGAGCCAACAACUGGCUUGGACUCCGCGUCCUGCAGCCAGUGUAUCGCGUUGCUGAAGCGUCUCGCGAAAAUGGAAAGGCGCACGGUGAUCUGCACAAUACACCAGCCGAGCGCGUUGCUUCUGGAGAUGUUCGACUCGGUUUACGCAGUUGCCGGUGGUUACUGUAUAUUCAGGGGCCCGGUGAAAUCGUUGCUGCCGCAUAUGUCCUCGGUCGGAGCCGAUUGUCCGGCCUAUCACAAUCCAGCCGACUUUCUGUUAGAAGUGGCGAUCGGUGAUUAUGGCAUCAGCGUUGACAAAUUGGCAGCUGCCGCGGAGACCAUGUGCAGAGAUGACAAACCGGUUACUACAUGUAUACAGAAGCCAAAUGACACGUCGCAAGAACCACCGCCGCCGGCAGGAUUCCUCGCGCAGUGCUACCUCCUCUACAAGAGGCAACUACUUUGCCUGAAACGAGAUUACACGUUACUGGUGGUCCGUCUUCUCUGUCAUCUGCUGAUUGGAGUGAUCUUCGGCUACCUCUACAUGGGAAGCGGUUACAGAGCGAACGGUGUCCUAGCUAAUUACGUCUACCUGUACGGAUCGUUGCUGCUGAUCGUGUACACAGGAAAAAUGGCCGUCACCCUUGCCUUUCCACAAGAAAUGCGGAUCCUCUCGAGGGAGCACUUCAACCGAUGGUAUCGAUUGGCGCCGUAUUAUAUCAGUAUGCUGCUGGUCGAGAUCCCGUUCCAAGCGUCUUGUGCGGCGACCUAUUUGGCGGUCAGCUAUUGGCUGACAGGACAGCCGGUGGAAACGCCUCGUAUACUUACUUUCAUGGUCGUCAGUAUAGCCGCCAGUCUGACCGCCCAAGCUUGGGGCUUCUUUAUCGGCGCGACCACGCCGGUGAAGAUCGCUGUAUUUGCCGGUCCUAUAAUCGCCGUGCUGUUCUCGGUGUUCGGUUUCUGUAUCCGUUACAUAGACACCCCGCUGGCGUUCCGUUGGAUGUUCCACGUGUCGUAUUUUCGCGCCAGUUUCCACAGUCUCCUCCAUACCGUGUACGGUUUCGACCGUAUGGACCUGAAGUGCGACGAUUUCUAUUGUCACUAUAAGAAACCCACGCAAUUCCUGAAAGAGAUGGACAUUGCCGACACUAACGUCGUGGACAAUUUGAUUCUGAUUCUCGGGAUUGGUGUCUUGAUGCAUCUGUUGACCGCCAGCGCCCUUUGGUGCAAGUUGAACAGAAGAUAAAGGGGACAAUUCGUCACAGAAUGGAUCCAGUAUUGCUAAUAUGAGAAUCAUGUGGGGCUGUGUGUAUGUGUAUGUGUGCGUAUGUACCACGAAUACAGAUGUGACGUCACUAGAAAUAGUUCCUCCAAGGGGAACUUUUCGGGGGGAGUUAAUUUUCAACCUGACCGUUGAAUAUUUCCAUACGGAACUAUCUAUAUAAAUAUAGAAUUAUCGUUCCAAACUGUUCAGUGGAAAAGAAGAAAAGAAAAAAAUAUGUAUGCCGUACUUACGAAUUAAUAAAGAAGACUCUACCGUCGGAGAAUUGAUACUUAGCGUGCAGCGUUAGGUGAAAGUGGGACGGGAAAUGCCGGACGCGUUUUCAGGACAGUACGUCGGCUUAAUUGUGCCGUCGGGUACGCGAAACGUCCGGUGAAUAGAUUUAUUAUACGGUAAUUCCAUGAUUAUCGUGUUACGGGGCUCUUAUUAACUUAUUACACGAUUUUCCGUUGAAUUUGUGCGCCUGGGGACUCUCGUAAACAUGGAGUCGCGAAAGACUUUAAACCACCUGGCGACCAUGCUCUCUGUAACCCGACAGACCUUAACAUUAACUGCAGUCGAAUGACAACCGGCGUAUAGGAAUUAAGAAAGAAGCAUAUUUUUUUUUAUUACUUUUCGUACUGUAAUGUUAUCAACCGUGCAACCGGUAUCAAUCAUGAUUAUAAAUGCGCGUUUGGUGUUUGAUUGUAAUUAUCGGUGUCACGGCAUUGACCGUUUUGAAAAAGAAUCUAAGUUAUAUCCGUGUAAACGCAGACGAAAGAGAUGCAAUUAAAAUACAAUUCGAGAGGGGAAUCACUCGUGGUCUAAAUGCCUGAUUACGAUCGAAGGCGAUACAUGAUAUUAUACUGAUUAUAAUAUUA